GGGGACAUUUAGGCGUCAUGUGCUGUUAAUAGAACAUUUUGAAAAGUAAUAUUGAAUCAAAUCAGCUGUUUAUUCGACAUCACAUUGAUUGGAUGCUUUGUGUCACUUAUACAGGACAGGUAUGAAUAUUGGCGGUUUUAUUCAGCAACAUGUCGAACGGUGCAUUUCUACAGGGGUGUUUUAUGUUGACUCUUCUUUCAGAAGGUCUAACAGCUGUGAUACAGACACAGCAGACUGUGGUGGCAGCAGUGGGAGAAGAUGCUCGUCUCAGCUGUCAGCUCAUGCAACAUAAAGAAGUUCUUCAGGUCACAUGGCAGAAAGUUUUACCUGAGGGGGAGAAGAAUGUCGCCACCUACAGCAAACGAUUUGGUUCCAGAGUGACCCUUAAUUUUAGAGAGAAAGUGGAGAUAAAAGAUGCUGGACUGAAGAACUGCUCCAUAGUUAUCAGAGAGGUGAUGGAGCAGGAUGAAGGCUGCUAUCUCUGUUUGUUUAACACCUUCCCUGACGGUGCUGUCACUGCUACAACCUGCCUCCAACUCUAUGAGCUGCAUGAACCCAUUCUACAUGUUAGAGAAUCAAACUCUACUCAGGAGUCACUUGUGUCCUGCUCGGCCACAGGACGACCUGCUCCAACACUGACACUCAACGUCACGCAGCCACACCUCCACUUCUCACGCUACAACACUGUCAGUGUCCACAACAGCAAUGGUACAGUCACUGUCACCACUACAGCUGUGCUGUCAGGUUUCCGUGACAACAGCGCACAGGUUGGAUGUGCGGUGCGAGUGCUCUCUGGUCACAAAGAGGUGUUUAUGAUGAUUCCUGAGGUCAAACAGACGUCUGCUGAUGAUUUCACUUUGAGCGUUGUGUUGGCCUGUGUUGGUGUCGCUGCAGUCAUCAUCAUCAUCUUCUUCAUCAUCAUCAUCAACAUCCUGCUCAAACACAAAUGUAGAAACAGGUCAUUUUCAGCUUUAGACUCAGUAUCUGUCUUUUUACUAAGUCUGUCUCAAGGCGACUCUGAGAGGAACAAGACGCCACAAAGAACAAUCAAAGACGCUCCUGAGUCCCAAACACCAUUAGUCACACAGAAGAACAAUCAGAUCUGACAAUGGACACCAAUCAAGAAACCAACAAAUAUAUGCCGUCAUCUUCAACAGCAAGAAGACUUGUUUUUGACUAAUGUUAUCUAGAUAAACUGGCAACCUGUCCAGGGUGCACCCACCCUCAUGCAAUGUCAGCUGGGAUUAGCUCAGAUAAUAUUAAUAAUAACCACAACAAUAAUGGACCUGUCAAACAUUGACAGGUCCAUUAUUGUGAGUAUUCAGAUGUCAUUUAUUCCCAAAUGUGACUCAAUACCAGCUGCUGAAAUUGCACCACUGGAGGUCGCAGUUUAAUCAGUUCAGUAGUUUCAUCUGAAAUCAAACCUUUCCAUUUUUACAGUACCUGUAUUUAACUGUUUUUGUUUUUUCAUGGACUCAUCUGAUCUAAAUCAUGUCAGUGUGAUUUACAUCCACAAAUUAUGUUGUUAAUGUGAAAACAUGUCAUUACUUUGUUGA